AUGGACUUUGCGCGAAAAAUCGGUAAACCUGAUAAGCCUCGAACUUGGAAAAAGACUCGUCAACCACUUGUAACAACUAGAGAUAACCUUCUCUCUGGAGAUACAUCAUUUUCGGAAGAUCACAGCUUCAUAAAUUGGAAGAAAUGGCUCGCCGACCACAAGAAGCAAAAUCGUUAUAUCGAAUUUGUUACCGGUCGUUCGCAGGACGAACAGAUACAAAAUUCCUCGGAAAAGUUUCGCUCUUUCGUUGAAAUGAAAAACCUGAUGGAACAGGCUAUACCCAUGAUUGAUGAUAAGUAUCGUGGUAGACCGGAAUUUUGGAAAACGCCCGAAUUCUUGCCAGAUCGUGCUUGUCUACCGAAAGUAUCCUUGACUCUUAGCAAAAAGGAUCUGACUUUUCCUUCGGAUUUAAUGCAUGUUGGAAUACCGGACCUAAUAGCAAAGGAACGUGAUCUCGCCACUCAAAAAAAGGAGAAAUUUUGGAAACGCAGCGAAUAUCUAAAGACGCGUAAACUCGAACUUGAUGAAAAAAUCGCAUCGUUGAUGCCUAAGGAGUCGGAAAUGGCAACAUUGGCUAUUCAAGGACAUGCAAUCACCUAUAAAAAAAAGAAACUAUCGCUACUACGAAUUCCGCCGAUAACUAUUACAGAAUCUGAAGAAGUGCCUCACGAAGACGCUGAUCAGGAAGUGAUUCUAAAGAUUCAAGAUCGAGAAUUUGUCUGGCAGAAAUCUCUCUUCAGAACGAAGUCAGUGGACACUGAUCCUAUUAUUUGGUCUCUGACUUUUACGAGUAAGAUCAACGAACAAAUCGAAAAAGAGAUCAUCUUAGAAAAUAAAGGAACCCACGUUAUAGAAUAUCAUUGGCGAUACUCGCCCUUACAAACGUAUGGCAUGUUCUUCGAGAAGCACGACAGUCAAUUCUUCUUCAACAAAACGAAAGGGCUCAUACUUCCAGGGCAGAUCGUAAAGAUCAAGGUAUGGUAUCGAUCCAAAACGUGCGGAGUUUUCAUCGAAUAUUGGCGAUUCAUCACGGAUCCAAAAUUAAGUUCCUCGACGUUUAUGUUUCGAUUCUGGGGCUACACAACCGAUACUCAAAAUAUAAACUUGAUCGAUCAUCAAAUGAUCGACGAAUAUCUGAAUCGCUGCAUUCGAGACUCAACAAUACGUUCGAUUAUUCAGGAAAUCUUAGAUAGAAUGGAGUAUAAUGAGCUACCAGAGCCCCCUUAUAAGAUGUUAAUUUCACAAAAUGACCUAUUUGUCUCUAUGAAUUCCUGUUAUCAUUAUCAUCCAAAUAUCGUAAUGCAAUUACAGACAAUAUAUUCUGAUAUAACUGAUGAAAGCACAUCGAUCUGGAACUUGUCGCUGGAUUCUCUCCGAGAUACCCUUUUACAGAUAAAAAAUACAAACUACAAACGCGACAUGCUUGCCCGAUUUAACGAACUUUGCAAGCAGAGUCUCAGACCAAGAUUAUUUGAAUCCGAUGUUGAAUAUUACAAUAAGUAUGACGCUGUGUAUAAUAUUUUAUGCGCAUUUGCGAAUCUAUUUGAAAAUGAAAGUGAACUUGUGAAAAGAAACAGUCUAAUACGAGAAGAGCCUACAACGCCGAUAGAAGUUAAACAGAAAUUGACAUCUUUGUCUCAAAGAUCCAAUAACAGUUUGCAAGAACUACGUAGGAAAACAUUAAAUGAUCAACCAGAAACUCAACUUUACAGAGAAAUAUUUUUUAUUCGCAUAUAUAAAGCUUUGGAGGAAGCAAUAGAACGAAUUUGCGCCAGUAUUGACUCUUUCCAUAGACUUAAUGAGUUAAAGUUUAAAAUAUAA